AUUUGGCUUUGUGCCAAAUGGUGGCCGAGUUUACUAUUUGCAAAGAUCACAACCGCCAUUAUUGGCUGGAAUGGUUUACGAAUACUACGAAGUAACCAAAGAUAAAGACUUCAUCACUAAAAUGAUACCGAUUUUGGAAAAGGAACUGAACUUUUGGAAUACUAAUCGAAUGACCACAGUGGAAAUAAAUGGAGAGACUCAUGCUGUCUAUCAAUACAAUAGCAGAAGCAACAUGCCCAGGCCGGAAGCUUAUACGCAAGAUUUGAAAAAAGCUUUGAAAGUACACUACAAGGCCGAAUAUUGGCAGGGUCUUGCUAGCGCAGCUGAAUCGGGGUGGGAUUUUUCUACGAGGUGGUUUAGCGAUCGCAAGUUAAUCUACGCUGUUGAAACAAAAAAUGUUCUUCCGGUGGACCUGAACGCAUUUAUGUGCUGGAAUUUUGAUAUUUUGACCUAUCUGUACGAGAGAAUAGAUGAUCCAGUGAAAUCCGAAUUCUAUCGCGAACGACGGGCUAAGUUCCGGAAAACUGUACACAAGGUCUUUUACAACCAAACCGCUGGUUCUUGGUUCGAUUUCAACACGCGAACAGGUUUACAUAAUCAAGCAUUUUAUCCAUCUAUCGCCGUGCCACUAUUCACUGGAUGUUACAACACCCUGAAUCAGGGCAAGUCCGAAAGAUUGUUUACGUUGAUGAAGGUAGAGUCUUUGUGCAGACCAAUUUUUGUACGUUUCCAGCACAUCGGAGUCUUCGAAUAUCCUGGUGGCAUUCCGACAUCGAUGGUUACUAGCAGCGAAGAGCAAUGGGAUUUUCCCAAUGGAUUCAGUCCAAUGAAUCAUAUGAUUGUUGAGGGACUCAGAAAAAGCCACAAUGCUCAAAUGCAGGAUGAACGGGUAGUUGUGAUAGAUCAAAAUUACAGUUUGCAAAAAGGUGAUCGCAGAAUUAUUAGUUUUAGGCUGAAUAAGUGUAACAAAUUUUUCAACCUCUAAUU